AGCCACACGGGCUCGGGCCGCCACGGCGGCGGAGGCGCACCGCCGAUGCCGGUGGAGGGCACGCCUCCCUAGGCCUCCGAGGGGCGGCGCGGCUGUUCCACGGCGCGAGGGGGGCUGGGCACGCCGAGUGGGGCGGCGCGCGCGCGGCGCCAUGGGGCCCCGGCCACCGCCGCGGCUGCCGCGCUGGCCGGCGCUCGGCUGCCUGGUGGCCCUCGUGCUCCCCAGCGCGGGCGUCGCGAAGGAAGGCAGGCCGCCGAUGCACCCGAUCCACUUCCAGUUCCAGCUCCCGAUGGGUCGACGGGGCCCUGGCCCCGGCCCCGGCCCCGGUGGUUUCGACCCCUUCGCGAUGAUGCUGAACAACAUGCGGCCCCUCGCGGAGCAGCACGCCGUGCAGGUCUCUGGCGGCCGCCAGCUGGGCGGUGCCCCCGCGUUCGGGAUGCCGAUGAUGCCGCUGCAGCUGCAGAUGUCCUCGAUCUUGAAAGCGCUGGGGGACGGCUCUGGCGCGCUGGGCGAGGCCAGUCACUUCCAGGUCGAGGACAGCGAGGGCGGGAUGCGGAUCACGGCGGAGCUGCCCGGCCACAAGCUCGGCUCCGAGGGGCGCCACCCGCUGCAGGUCCGCAUCGUGGGCAGGA